AUGGACAACAAGACCUUCGUAUCGGACUCGCUGAUCCGCCUAACGGGCGCAUCAGACCCUAUCGCCAUUGACUUCGUCCUCGCCGAAGCUACCUCCGCCAAGUCCGCCUCCUCACUACAAGACAAACUUGUCUCCUUCCUCGAUGGCAGCCCCGACGAAAUCGGCGCAUUCUGCGGCCAGCUCUACUCGCGCCUCCCGCCGCAUCUACGAAAAAAGAAAUAUCGCCUUGUGGAAAUGGGCGAGGAACAGACAGACCCGGCCGCAGCAUUAGGACCUGUCAACGUGGAGGCCGAGCGUGAACGACGAAGACGCCGCGAUAAAGAGCGCGAUAGCGAUCGAACGAGAGAACGAAGUAAACGCGAACCUGAGAGUAGUGGCGAUCGCAGGGAUAGAGAUGAUACCCGAAAGCGAGACCGCAGUCGCGAAGGGGAGAGUCGUGAUCGACCGCGGUCGAAGAAAGUGCGGAGGAAGGAUGAUCACGAUUUUGAUGAUCGCUGGGGUGAUGAAGAGAUACCCGAUGAUGAGGAGGGAUAUGAUGACCCCGAUCAAUUCGAAGAAUCGCCUUCCAAACGAACAAGACUCGAAGAUGGAUCUGCCUCCCCGCGCCAGGCUGAUGAUAUCGAUCCCCAGACACAGCAGGAGAUUGACCGCCAAAAGGAUCUUCGGGAACGUGAUGAAUUUGCCAAGCGACUCGCGAACAAAGAUGAUAGCAAGUCGAAGAAAAUCGUGGAGGAUAGAACGCGCGAUGGUGAAGCUGCGCGCCGUCGUGCGUUGGCUGAUGAUGCCUCUGCGCGAGCUUCCAUGAUGCCUGAUUUGCGUAUGCGCUCUCGACAAGAAUACCUGAAGAAGCGUGAGACAGAACGUCUGGCUUUGUUGCGGAGACAGGUCGCCGAGGAGGCGGCGGAACUCCGAGAGAAUCCGAAUCUGUCACGCCGAGAGAAGGAAGAGUUUGCGCGGAAUAGGGAGGUUCUUAUGAUUGCUGAAGAGCGUUUGCGCAUUGAUGAUCACCGUGAUGGCUACAUGAUGCCGGAUGAUUAUAUCACCGAGAAGGGAAAAAUUGAUCGCAAGAAGAAGGAGGAUGCAUUGUACAAGCGUUAUGUUGAUCGUGAUGAGUCCGGUCAGGAGCGUUUCGUUACGGAGCAUGAGGAGUGGGAACUGGAGCAAGCUGCCAAGGCGAAGGCCCAGAUCAAGAAGGCCGACUUUGUCGACGAGGGUGAUUAUGAGUAUGUGUUUGACGACACACAGCAGAUCAAUUUCGUCAUGGAUGCGAAGAUGGAGGGUACUCAGAAACCGAUGACUUCGGAACAACUUCGAUUCAAGGAGCAGGUUGAUGCGGCCGAGAAGAAGGCUCUCACUAUGGAAGAGACUCGGAAGAGUUUGCCCAUCUAUCAAUUCCGCGACCAGAUCAUUCAAGCAGUUCACGACCACCAAGUUUUGAUCAUUGUGGGUGAGACAGGUUCUGGUAAAACAACUCAGAUUCCUCAGUACCUACAUGAAGCCGGAUUCACCAAGGACGGCUUGAAAGUCGGAUGUACGCAGCCACGACGAGUUGCUGCUAUGAGUGUUGCUGCCCGUGUGGCGGACGAGAUGGGAACGAAGAUUGGAAAUGAAGUAGGUUACGCUAUUCGUUUCGAGGAUAAUACGAGCGACAAGACAAUUAUCAAGUACAUGACCGACGGUAUGCUUCUGCGAGAGCUGCUUACAGAGCCAGACCUUAGCCAGUACUCGGCUCUCAUGAUUGAUGAGGCUCACGAGCGGACUGUACCCACCGAUAUUGCUUGUGGUCUUCUCAAGGAUAUCGCCAAAGCACGUCCAGAUCUGAAGUUGCUCAUCUCCUCUGCCACGAUGGAUGCUCAAAAAUUCCAAAAGUAUUUCGACGAUGCACCCAUUUUCAACAUCCCCGGUCGCCGUUACCCAGUCGAUGUGCAUUAUACCUCGCAGCCCGAAGCCAAUUACUUGGCUGCUGCCAUCACCACCGUUUUCCAGAUCCAUGUCACGCAGGGUCCCGGUGAUAUUCUCGUGUUCUUGACUGGUCAAGAGGAAAUCGAAGCCGCAGAUCAAAGUCUACAAGAAACAGCUCGAAAAUUGGGCAGUAAAAUACCGGAAAUGAUCAUUUGUCCCAUUUAUGCCAAUUUGCCCUCCGAGCUGCAGACUAAGAUCUUCGAACCUACACCACCCAAGGCUCGAAAGGUCGUUCUUGCAACCAACAUUGCCGAAACCAGUUUGACCAUUGAUGGUAUCGUCUACGUGAUUGAUCCUGGAUUCGUUAAGGAGAAUGUUUUCAACCCACGCACUGGCAUGGAAAGCCUGGUCGUGACACCCUGUUCGCGUGCUUCGGCUAAUCAGCGUGCUGGACGUGCUGGACGUGUCGGUCCAGGAAAGUGCUUCCGACUCUACACUAAAUGGGCGUACUAUAACGAAUUGGAGGAGAACACAACACCCGAGAUCCAGCGCACGAAUCUAAAUGGUGUGAUUCUAAUGCUGAAGUCCCUUGGUAUCGACCAACUUCUCGAUUUCGACUUCAUGGACCCACCGCCGGCGGAGACUAUCAUCCGAGCCUUGGAACAACUAUAUGCACUGGGUGCCUUGAACGAUCGCGGAGAGCUCACCAAGGUCGGUCGACAGAUGGCCGAGUUCCCGACGGAUCCGAUGCUCGCCAAGGCGAUCCUCGCUGCGGGUCAAUACGGUUGCGUGGAGGAAGUUCUCUCAAUCGUAUCGAUGUUAGGCGAAGGAAGCGCGCUCUUCUUCCGACCAAAGGACAAGAAAAUCCACGCCGACAGUGCUCGCAACCGAUUCACCAUCAAAGACGGCGGCGAUCACCUAACACUCCUCAACGUCUGGAAUCAAUGGGUAGACUCCGACUUCAGUUUUGUCUGGGCAAAGGAGAACUUCCUGCAACAACGCAGUCUGACACGAGCCCGUGACGUGCGCGAUCAACUAGCCAAACUCUGCGAUCGGGUAGAGGUUACCGUCAGUACCUGUGGAGCGAAUAAUAUCGUUCCGAUUCAAAAGGCCAUUACGGCUGGGUUCUUCCCUAAUGCCGCGCGGCUGCAGCGUGGUGGUGAUAGUUACCGCACGAUCAAGAAUGGGCAGUCGGUUUACUUGCAUCCGUCUAGUACGCUGUUUGAGGUCAACCCGCGCUGGGUUAUCUACUUCGAGCUAGUGUUGACUAGUAAGGAGUAUAUGCGCAGCAAUAUGCCCCUUCAGGCGGAGUGGCUAGUUGAAGUUGCUCCUCACUACUAUAAGAAGAAGGAUCUGGAGUCGUUGGGACUGGAUCGUAAGACGCCGAAGGGGGCUGGGGCGGCCGGGGAGAAAAGUAAAGCGUGA